CCACCACAAGCCCAACUUUAAGCACACCCCAACCCCCAUGGCUCCAACGCCUACCACCGCCACCACCCAGCGACCCCUCGAACUCGCUUCCCUCGACCACCGCCGAUCUUGCUGUCCACCUUGCUCCGCGACGAUCUGAAUGUAGCUCAAAGCGUGAGUGGAUAGCUAGUGAUGUUUGGUGCCCGAAAAGCUUGGGUUCAUCUCGCCAGGAGAUAUAGAUUUGAAGGGAUGAGAUCGUAUUGCAGCUCCACUCGUAAAAAUGGUGAUAAAUCCAGCACCUCCAUCACCAAUUCUAGCAAUGGCGAAGAGGCUGAAUCGAGCAUCAGCACUUACAAUGAGGCCUGCAAGCAGUUGGACAAGAUGGAUUUCGUGACUGCUGCUGAGAUCUUGUUUGGUCCUCGCGCUAAGAAAAGGGAGUUUGGGAUUGAUUUCCAUCUAGUGCAGCUUUUCUUUGCCUGCAUGCCUUCACUGGCUGUUUACUUGGUGGCUCAGUAUGCUCGAUAUGAAAUGAGAAGAAUGGAAGCUGAACUGGAGCAGAAGAAGCUGGAAGAAGAAAAGAAAUUGAAAGAGAUGGAAGUGGAAACUCCAGAAGAAAAGGAGCUUUCCGAGGUAAAAGUGAGACUCGACAAGCUGGAAGAGGCUGUGAAAGAUAUAGUUGUUGAAGCAAAGAAACAAUCAGGUGGCAGCUCUCCUGCAAAGCAGGAGGAUGCAAUGAAGAAAGAAAGUCAAUCGUCAGCCAAGCCCAGCACCGCAGAAUCAGAACCUGGAAAACGUGUGUUUAAAAGCAAUGAUGGUAAAGAAGGGGGAGGUAGUUCAGCUUCGGGUCCUGUUUCUUCCCAAAAGGAUCAGACCAGUUAAGACCCAGAAUGGAUCAGAUUUCGGUGAUGCUAAGUUUGAAUGAUGCUUUUGCCAAGAACCAUUUCUUUUUUUUUUUGGAGACAGAUGCCCAAGUUAUGUUCUGGCUAACAGAAAUCCAUGUCCAAAAGUUGCUUAGCAACAGUACAGACAGGGGAACUGACAUGCCUACAAAGAUAGUUUCCUAAUUGAUCUGAGCAGUUGUUUAGUUUGGCAGCCUAUACUUACGUUGUCAAGAGUUGAUCGUGUGCCAUGGGCUAAAUUUUGGAAUUCUUGUCCAUAAUCCGUCCUCUGUACUUACUUGAUGAGAAUAAUUGGACAGCCUUCUGGUUGAAUAGGCGGAAUGCUAGUAUUCUUGUAUAAUAUGGGCCGUCUCGUUUUCUUUGUAAAUUUUGAAGCCAUUGAAGGAACCUCAUAUUUUUUGGUGA